UUGUUCACUCCAUCCAUCCCAUGCAUCCCUUCAUAUGAGCGUUUGUCUGUCCUUGGUGAUUAAUGUCUUGUGAAUCUAACUAAAUUGAUAGAGACGGAUUGACAAGCUAGCGUUGGGAUAUCGGGAAAUUGAUCAGUAUGACAAGUCCAGUGCAGGAUUCACACAGGCUGUCUGUGAAGACAUGGACAGAGGAGGAGAGCGACCGAGCUGACAGCACACUUAGCAGAGCGCAGUCGAUGUGUGAUGACACUUCUUCAGAGCUUCAGAGAAUGGCGGCCAUUGACAGAAGAGAUGUUAAUUCCCAGAAUUCCUUUCGUGGGCGAGGUGCUCUGUCCAGGAUAGUAAGCAUGGUGAUGACUCUGAGAGAAUGGGCACAGAAGAGUUUGGCUGAGGAGACGGAGCGACCGGAUUCCUUCUUGGAACGUUUUCGAGGCCCCGCCCAAAUGGACACGCAGGCCCCGCCCAGCAGGUUCAGCCACAGUCACGCUGGCUCUGAUGCAGAUAACGAAAUCAGACGUUCCAGACGCACGAGGAGGAAGUGUAAUGUCGUGGUCUUAUCACCAUCUGAUGAUGCAUACUACCACUGGCUGAUGGUGAUUGGUGCUGCUGUUUUUUAUAACUGGACCCUCCUAGUUGUCAGGGCCUGUUUCGAUGAUCUCCAGAUGAAGAAUGUGUUGGUGUGGUUGGUACUGGACUACAUCUGUGAUGGAGUCUAUAUCCUGGAUAUAGCUGUUCGUCUCCACACAGGUUUCUUGGAUCAAGGCUUGAUGGUGAAAGAUGUGCGGCGUCUGAGAGAAACCUACGUUCGAACCCCACAGUGUAAAAUUGACAUUUGCUCCAUCCUUCCAACUGACCUCCUGUACCUGACCGUUGGAAUCAGCUACACUCCCCUUCUCCGAUUCAACCGGCUGCUGCGUCUGCCACGUCUGUUUGAGUUGUUUGAACGUACAGAGACGCGAACAGGCUACCCCAACGCUUUCCGCAUCUGUAAACUGGUUCUGUACAUCCUGGUGAUCAUCCACUGGAACGCCUGUGCAUACUACAGCUUCUCCAAGGUCCUGGGACUGGGCUCUGAUUCUUGGGUUUAUCCAAAUGCAUCGGAUCCUGAGUUUGGUUCCCUGACCAGAAGUUACAUAUAUUGUCUGUACUGGUCCACUCUGACACUGACCACCAUUGGAGAGACACCUCCUCCUGUAAGAGAUGAGGAAUAUUUGUUCCUGAUAUUUGACUUCCUGGUCGGCGUUCUGAUUUUUGCCUCCAUUGUGGGUAAUGUUGGAGCCAUGAUCUCCAAUAUGAAUGCCACGCGAGCAGCCUUUCAGAGCCGUGUAGACACCCUGAAACACUACAUGCACUUCAGACAUGUAAGCAAGGUGCUAGAGCAGCGCGUCAUCCGCUGGUUUGACUACCUCUGGACCAAUCAGAAGACAAUAGAUGAACAGGAAGUGCUGAGGAGCCUGCCCAAUAAACUGAGAGCAGAGAUUGCUAUUAAUGUUCACCUGGACACACUGAAGAAGGUGCGUAUUUUCCAGGACUGUGAGGCAGGCCUCCUCGUAGAAUUGGUAUUAAAACUUCGACCACAGGUUUUCAGUCCUGGAGACUACAUCUGUAGAAAGGGAGAUGUGGGUAAGGAGAUGUACAUAAUUAAAGAUGGCCAGCUGGCAGUUGUAGGGGAGGAUGGAGUCACCCAGUUCGCUGUUCUGACCUCAGGAAGCUGCUUCGGAGAAAUUAGCAUCCUUAACAUCAGCGGCAGCAAGAUGGGGAACCGACGUACGGCUAAUAUUCGCAGUCUGGGAUACUCAGACUUGUUCUGCCUUUCCAAACAAGACCUGAUGGAGGCGCUUCAGGAGUUCCCCCACGCCAGGGCCCAGCUGGAGCAGAGGGGGCGGGACAUCCUGCGGAAGGAGGGGCUUCUGGAGGAAGUAAACGUGUCUGCAGGGGAGCAGCUCGAGGAGAAGGUGGAGAGGUUGGAAACCAGUCUGGAUCGGCUACAGACGUGUUUGGCCCGUCUGCAGAGUGAGUUCAACUCUUCCCAGCUUCGACUGAAGCAGCGAAUCACAACCCUCGAACACAACAUCACCACAGUAGCCACAGGCAGCGGCUUCCUGUCAGACGCCGACGGCAACGAGAGUGUUUCUGGUGGUGACGGUGUGCGCAGUGAAAUCAACAUCCGGCUCUGAACGACAUACUCUUACCGUGGGAAUGUAUGGAAAUAGCACACAGCAUUGCCAUUGUCACAAAAUAUUUAAUGUGUUAUUUUUAUUUAAAAUUGAAACAUGGAAAUGCACAAGAAAACACCAUAAACCUCUCAUUUAGUUUGAUAUUUGACAUAAUUCCAUGUAAAAUGUGUUUGUUUGUAUUUUAUUCUUAAUGUCUUAACUUUCUAAAACAUUCUGCCUCUUACCAUUUUAAACAUUUUUAAACAAGGAGAAUAUAUAAAAUUGCAUAGAAAAAAACCAUCUAAACCAACAAACAAAUUCAAACUUUGCAGACACUGAAUAUAAUAAAAAAAUACAAUAACACAAUGAACCAGUUACUAAUGAUUUGACUGAAGAGGAAGGUGUACACAGGAAUUCACUAAUGGCUAACACAAAUCUUAACCAAUACACUGCUAUGGGAACAUUAGUCAUUUUCAUUAGGUCAAAAAACUGUCCACCUGACUUGUGUCUGAACUGGUGUCUUCAAUGAUGUCUUUUUCCACUAGGGGGCGUAAACUCUCUGUGAAUGCUAGUGACUACCUGCCUGCUGUUAGAACUGAAUGUGACACUUAGAUGCAUCAAAGCAUCUUUAACUUCGCAACACAAGUCCAGUGGAUUGUUCUAUAUAUAUCUAUGGGAAGGUCUCGCGCUGCCUGAAUAAAACCGGUUUUCAUACACUUGUCGUCCCUCAUAACUGCUUCAAGCUAUCGCACAGCAUGUAAAGUUUUUUAGUUUAAAGGAAUAGUUCGACAUUUUCAGAAUGUCAAACUCCCAAAUUUCAAACUAUUCCUUUAAGCACAUUUUCUGCCACAGGUUUAGAGUUCUCUAUUGAGGUCAUUUGUAAGAUCUCUCAAGCUGUUCCCUUUCUUUUUUCACAACUUAUCCACUAAUUGAAAAAUAAAAAUGCAGAGAAUGUUUAUUUUUAUGUAGGGUUGAGUACUGACUACUGAUGAUUACAUGCAUUAUAGCCUUAAUGAAUGCAGCUGAUAUAACAAAAGCAAUUACAGUAAUAUUUUUCUUCAGGAAAGGGUGGAGUUUACAUAACCUAAACAUGGAAACCUUUUCUUUUUCUUUUUUGAAUAAAUGUCCUUGCUUUCAAUCUGUUUCAUAUAUUGUUUGUAAAUGCUUUUUACUCCUUGUCAUACUUUAAAAAAAAUCUAUUUACUUCAUUAUACAUCAUCAGCUUUAUUAUGAAAAUACUAUUAAAUACUACCCAAACAAGGAC